AUGGCCUCCUCCCGCCGUCACCAGCUAGGUGGCUACCUCCCCAUCGAGGAUUAUGGCAUGAUUGGCAAUAUGCACACUUGUGCACUGGUUGGUAUCGAUGGGAGCAUCGACUACAUGUGCUGGCCCGUAUUCGACUCACCAUCCGUAUUCUGUCGUCUCCUCGACAAGGAUAAGGGCGGCUUCUUCUCAGUCUCUCCUCGCAGGGGCCUCAACUACACCACCAAACAGCAGUAUCUUCCCUACUCGUGUAUUCUACGAACGCGGUACAUCAACGAACAUGGCGCCGUCGACCUCGUUGAUUUCUUCCCUCGACCCAAGAGUGCUCGCGUCAUGAUCAGGGGCCCGUCUUAUAACGCGGGGAACAUGGGCACAUACGGCGAGAUGACCAAUGUUCAGGAAGAGCUCAAGAAGUGGCUCGUCCGGAGGGUUGAAUGCAUCCGCGGGUCCUUGACCAUGGACAUCGAGAUAUUCCCGUCAUUUGGCUACGGCAAAGAGCCCCACACGACCAGACUAUUCUGCGAGGUCCAUAGACCGUCGAGGGGUCAGAGUAAGGUAGCCACCUUCCACAGCAAGCACGCCAAUCUCCAGCUCGACAUAUCCCUAGAUACGGAAAAAGAUGACAACAAUAACGGCAAUGGAAGCCCUGUCAUAUACUUUGAGCGGGCCGAGUACGGCGGAAUUCAGGGGGACGGCUUGGUCGCCCAUGUCGAGAUCCACGAGGGCCAGACCAUCUCCUUCAUCCUGAGAGACGACCGUGACAGCCACACCACACCCAAGAUCACGACCUCAGUGCUCGAUAACCAGCAGCACGACACGCAGAUGUUUUGGUUCAACUUCAUCUCCCAAUCCAAGUACAAAGGACGUUGGCGCGAGGUCGUUUCUCGCAGCCUCAUGACGCUCAAGAUGUUGACAUAUGAGCCCACCGGUGCCAUUAUUGCUGCUCCGACCUUCUCCAUCCCAGAGGACAUUGGCGGCGUGCGCAACUGGGACUACCGGUUCUCGUGGGUCCGCGACUCGAGCUUCACCAUCUACAUCCUCCUGCGCAUGGGCUUCAAGGCCGAGGCAGAAGCUUACAUGCAGUUCAUCAUGGACCGCUUCCUGCACUCGCGCCUGCCGGACGGCGGCAUGCCCAUCAUGUUCACCAUCCACGGCAGCACCGAGGUCCCUGAAUCAACGCUCGAUCACCUCGAGGGGUACCGCGGGAGCAGUCCCGUGCGCAUCGGCAACGGUGCCGCCUUCCACCAGCAGUUUGACAUUUACGGGGAGCUCAUGGACGCUAUCUACCUGUACAACAAGUACGGAACACCCGUGUCGUAUGCUGUGUGGAUGGCUGUGAGGGAGUUGCUAGAACCCGACAUGUCCAUCUGGGAGGUCCGAAACAAGAAGCAGCACUUUACCUAUUCAAAAAUCAUGCUCUGGGUAGCCUUUGACCGCGGCCUCCGACUAGCCGACAAGCGAUGUUUCCCUUGCCCGAACCGCGAAAAGUGGUUGAAGACGAGGGACAGUCUCUACGAUGAGAUAAUGGACAAGGGCUACAACAAGGAGAUGCAGUGCUUCAUCCAGAGUUACGAGAGCAACACAUCCCUCGACUCGUCCAUCCUCAUCGCCCCACUGGUCUUCUUCAUCUCCCCGUGCGACCCGUACUUCAUCAAGACGCUCGACCGUAUCCUCCUACCACCGGAGAAGGGCGGUCUCACCAGCACCGGUCUAGUCUACCGCUACGAUACUAAUCUGACGGAUGAUGGCGUCGGAGGUAAAGAAGGAGCCUUCAGCAUGUGCACAUUCUGGCUCGUCGAGGCCAUGACCCGCGCAGGUGUCCACGACCGCAAGUACCUCGUGCGCGCCAUGAACCUGUUCGAGAACGUCCUGGGCUUCUCGAACCACCUCUCUAUGUUCUCGGAGGAGAUCUCCCGCAGCGGGGAGCAGCUGGGUAACACGCCGCAGGCAUUUAGUCACCUGGCGUUUAUAAGUGCUGCGUUCAACCUAGAUCGAGUGGCGGGUGAUUCUGCGGCAUAA